GUUGUCAUUAAUAAUAGUCAGCUCCCUUCUCCACGGGAAGACCCUGCCUUGCAGCCCCAGCCUGGCCUGCCCCUUCUUGCAGGCCCGCUCCGAAUCCUGGGUAGGACUCGUGACGAGGCUCCGGGUGGCCGAGCCCUUCCGCGAGCGGUGCGGUCGGCUGCGCUGGCGCUCUGGGCUGAGGGGGAGGGGCUCCCACACCUGUGCGCGCCCGGGAGCGGGGACAGCGGCGGGGGCGCCCUGCGCACGGGGGCGAGGGGAGACGACUGCGCCUGAGGGAGGCACAGCCGCAGCCGGGUGGGAGGCAGAGACACCGAGAAACAGAGACCGGGCGAUACGCACAGACAAAGCCGGCCCGAGCGCGGCGCAGGAGGCUGCAGCCUGGCGGAGCAGCCCUCACCACCCCUGCGCGCCAGCGCCGACGCCCUCCCUGGCCGCCCCUCCCGCCGGCCUCCGGCGGCUUAACCCUCGCCUGCCCGACCCCACGGGGCCCCUGGAGCGGCGGUGGGUGGGUGCGGGCGCCGGGCCUCCCCCUCCAGGCCUCCGCGCGCGGCGCCGGGAGCUGACCGUGGUGCUGAGCGUGGCUCGCGCUCCAACGCGGUGCCCGACCCUGUCGCGGCCGCGCCCUGCUGCACCGCCGGCCCCCAGCGCCGCCGGGGCGCUGGCAGCAUGGAGCUGAAGAGAGGAAAGACCUUCAUCAAGUCCAGCCUGCAAGUUUCCCAUGAGAAACCCCCAGACCCAGCGGCCGUGGCUCCAGCCAGGGAGGGGGCAGUCCCCUGUUCAGUCCUGCCAGGAGCGCAGCAGAGGCCCCACAGUGAGAAGGGCCCCCAAGCCAGCCCCAGUGCCCAAGAAUACGACAGAUGCCCCAACAGAGGGGCACAGCCGGACCCCAAAGGGGGACCCGCAGCCCUCUGUGGAGCCACCUUCAAACCGGUGCGAAAGAGUAAGACUCACGACAGCGUGUCUGGAGCAGGCAGGGCCACGGCUGCCACAGGGCAGUUGGUGGGCAGUGCAAGCUUCCCAGGCUCCCCGGGCAGCCGGCGCAUGAUCGACUACCGCCACUUUGUGCCCCAGAUGCCCUUCGUGCCAACUGUGGCCAAGAGCAUCCCGAGGAAGAGGAUUUCCCUGAAAAGGCCCAAGAAGUGCUUUCGGAACCUAUUCCACAUUCGCAGAAACAAGACUGAGGACCUGGCCUCACUGGCGGCUGAGGGGAAAGGUCUGCCCUCCCCAGGGGACCCAUCAGACCCCGGGGGCUGGCAAAGCAAACGCUUCCUCCCCCCGGGUGAGGGGCCAGGGCUGGACAGCCUGUACCAGGACCUGUCGGACAGCGAGCUCCUAGCUGAUGCGUCCUUUGGUCUGUGCAGGGCCCUGUGUGAGGACGUGGCCUCACUGCAGAGCUUUGACUCGCUCACGGGUUGUGGGGAGGUCUUUGCGGAUGAGAGCUCGGUGCCAUCCCUGGAGCUGAAUGAGGGCCCGGAGAGCCCAACCCAAGCAGCUCAGGGCCUGGAGAGCAAGGUUCCCAGGGGCCCCCUCCAAGGCAGCGUGGAGCAGCUGGCCUCGCCCGCCCAGAACGAAGCCUCUGACUUCACCAGGUUCUGGGACAGUGUGAAUCGCUCAGUGCGGCAGCAGCAGCGUGCCCUGCUAGGCCCAUGGCUUUCGGGCCACCAGGGCACAGACAGGGACCAAUCCCAGCUGGACACAGCUGGGCUCGCUGAGCUGCCCCUCUGCCCCUGCAGGGACCCUCGCAGUGGCUCCAAAGCCAGCUCCAUCGACACAGGCACCCCCAAGAGCGAGCAGCCCGAAUCCGUGUCCACGAGUGACGAGGGCUACUAUGAUUCCUUCUCACCAGGACUUGAGGAGGACAAGAAGGAAGCUGAGAGCCCAGGCACUCCCGCCACCACCUUCCCACGGGACAGCUACAGUGGGGACGCCCUCUACGAGCUCUUCCAUGACCCCAGCGAGGGUCCUGUUGGCCCCAGCCCAGAUGAUGACCUGUGCGUGUCUGAGAGUCUGUCAGGGCCGGCCCUGGGGACGCCACUGUCCAUGUGCAGCUUCCGAGUGGGGGCUGAGGAGAACUUGGCCCCAGCACCAGGCCCCGACCUGCUCAGCCAGGGCUUCCUACAGAGCUCCUGGAAGGGCAAGGAGUGCCUGCUGAAGCUGUGUGACACUGAGCUCGCCAUCACCAUGGGCAUCGUCAGCUGGCUGCGCCGAGGCCCCACGCCCCGUGCCCCACCCACCCCUGGACAGCCUGCAGCUCCAUCUGGUCCCCAGGGAGCCCCCAGGGCACCCACAGAGAAGUUGGGGGGCAGGGAGGGCUUGGCCUCAGACGCAGGCGGGGCAACGGUUUGCUCAGCACCCAGCAGGCAGGAGCUGUGGGCACACACGGGCACCACAGACCUGCUUGCCGGAGAGAGCAAGGCCCUCGGGGUGGCCACACAGGGGACUGGCACACUGUCCAGGGAUGCCUCUCAAGAGGAAGGGACACGAGGUCACUCUGAAGACUUGUUCUCCUCUGUGGAGUCUGCAGCCACUUCGACAACAGAUGCUUCCAGUGAAAACAAGGCCCCAGUCCCUUCUGCCUGGCCCUGCUCCCAGAAGGAGCCUGGGCCACCAGGCGUCCUGGGGUGUUUCCGAGGCCCCUGGAGGCCAGGUCACAGGGGUGGCACUCUAGAUGCAGAGCCCAUGCUGGCAGGCUGUGUGGCCCGUGCGGCAGCCCUGAAGAUCAGCUCCAACGACCAGCCCUCGGCUGCCGCAUGGCCUCCAAGGCAAGAUGUGGGCAGUGGGCUCUUUGGGCAGCGUCGGGCCAGGGGCCCCGACAUUCUAGAGCAGAAACAGUCCAGCAGCUCCCCCAGCAUGACCACUGUCCAUGGCCUACCCUACUCGGCCGGCACACCGGACCAGAGGUGUCGAGAUCAUGUCCAGGACCUGAGCUGGCUCAGGGUGGAGCCCCCAGGGCUGGGUGUCCAGGCCUGGGCCCCUGUGGAGGACCCGGCCCUGCAGCUCCGCACGGCGGCUGUGGAGCAGGUGGCAUACAGCAGAAAGCUGGACUCUGAGCCCCCAUCAGCCCCUGCUGCCCAGUGGAGUCCCCAGGGCCCCCAUCCAGAAAGCCUGGGCCUCACUUUGAACCGCCAGCGGGAAGCGGGGGUCUCUGCAAGUGCCCCAGAAUGCCGCUGCAGCCUCCUGGCCCGUGAGGGCCUCCUCUGUGGCCAGCCAGAAGUGGGGGCUUCCAGGUCAGCCGUGGCGGAGCCCCAUCCGUAGGACAGGCUCACUCGCACCAGGAGCUGCAUGUGUCUUCAUGACCGCUUUCAGGAGAGCCUAGGACUCAAGUCUCUAUCUUUUGUCCCUGAUGUGGGGACUGUGUUGGGGGGAGGGGGUGGCAGGACUCAGGCAUGCGGAGGGUAGCAUGUUCAUGGGGAGGCAUUCUUGCCUGAACCCACCAGCUCAGGCAGCCCGCCGCCCCUCCACCAAAGAGAGCGUGAAGCUGCAGCCCCCUCGCUGCUCCUCAUGCAGGGGCUGGAGAGAGGGGCGGGGCUUGAAACCGAUGGGGAAAAAAGAGCUGCACCUUGUAAAAUGGAAGCGGAGAGCCAAUGAAUCUGCCCGGGGAUUGUGUGGGAAUCCCGAAAGACACAGUCCCAAAUGCCAUAGUCCCAAGCGUUGAGAAUCCAAAAUAUUAAAAUUACUCUAAAAUCCCAAAAUCACAAUCCCAAAAGAUCUAAAUCCUGGAAAUAUAAUUCUGGGAAUUUUUAAAAAAAUUUUUUAAAAGAUAUUUACAUUUUAAAAGGAUUUGAGAAACAUAAAAACAACAGAACACAUCAUUAGCCACUUUACACAAUAAAAUAGGCAAUAAUACAUAUUUUUGCAAGCAUAAACACUCAGGUAAAUACUAAUGACAGUUACACAGGUGUGAGUUAUUAGCAGACAAACUAUAUUCAUAAACAAGUCAAAAUGGGAAACGUAUACAUGCACAUCACUAUGCUUGGUAAUUGCGUGCACCCGACUUGGUAUCUGCAGUCACGUCAUGACCAGCAACCUGUCUUUUGAUGAAGUCAAUCUACGAUGCAUCACCACCACACACGCAGUUGCCCAAAGACCGGAGAUGGCAAGAACUUUCAUCUCUCACAAACACAGAUGUACAAAAAUUACAUCUCUUCAUUUAUGGAGGAAGUUUUGAUGCUUUUACACACACGCACAACGCUUACACACACAGUCAACCUGGGAUGCUGGCAGGGUGGCUCAGGACGAAAGCCUCGGGACCCAAGAGGGCCACGGGUGUAAGUCCCAGAGUCCAAAGGCCAGCGAGCCUGGAGCUCUGAUGUCAAGGCAGUGGAAGAAAAGGCUGUCCCAGCUCUGAGAGAGACCAGUUCGCCUUCUGUAUUUGUUCCCUCUGGGCCUCAGCAGAUCGAAUGCUGCCCACCAACACUGAGGGUGGAUCUUCCCCACCUAGGCCCCUCAGACUCACACACUCAUCUCUGGAAACACCUCACAGCUAUGCCCAAAAUAACGACCUCCCAGGUCUCUAGGUAUCCCUUAACCCAGUCGAGUCCACCCCUUGUCAACCUGGCAUCCAUCUGCAUCCCCUUCAACCAUUCUCAGUCUCCAAAUAAAGCCCUAAGCAAGGUAGUAGCUCCACCCAACAUGAUGCCACUAUCCCGGGAUUGUGAUUUUCAAGACUUUAGAUGUCAGGGAUUUGAAACUUUAGAGAUUUGUGUCUUUCACUAUUUCGAUGUUGGGGACCAGUGUUUGGGAUUGUAUCUUUCAGAAUAAUGAUCCACACUUGUGUGAGGACUGCAGGGUUCAGGAAGACAGAUGGGGGAGCCGACCUUAGGAGGGCCCACUGAACCAGCCUCAGUCUGGCCCCAGUCUGGCCUACUUGCUGCCCCAGGACGGGUGGCUACAACCUGCUGAGGGCCUGAAGGGCGUCUGUCUCCUCAGGAACACUGUAUUACCCUGUUUUGUGUUGCUAUAAAGGCUGACUGUGACCAGGUCA